UGCUAAAAGGGACACGAUACGAGCAGCAGUGGGCUUUUGCUUUUGUCAGAUAAAAGAUACAGCGUGUACAACUUUGUUUACUGCUGUAAACGCCUUAUCUCAGAAAUCAACAAGUUCUUAUCAGCUUGCUGUGUGCAGAAGUCUGUGCAUCAUGCUGGUGGAUUUUGAGAAGCUGAGGAUGACAGGAGCUGGGAAAGCCAUUGCUGUUCUCACAAGCGGUGGAGAUGCACAAGGAAUGAAUGCUGCUGUUCGUGCUGUAACACGUAUGGGCAUCUAUGUUGGCGCCAAAGUCUACCUGAUCUAUGAGGGCUAUCAAGGACUUGUGGAUGGAGGUGACAACAUCAAACUUGCCAACUGGCAAAGUGUGAGCAACAUCAUCCAACUGGGUGGCACGAUUAUCGGCAGUGCCCGCUGUAAGGAUUUCACUACGAGAGAGGGUCGUCUGGCGGCUGCAUUUCACCUGGUGCAGCGUGGCAUCACUAAUCUGUGUGUGUGUGGUGGAGAUGGCAGUCUCACCGGAGCCAACAUCUUCCGCAACGAGUGGAGCGACCUGCUCGCGGAUCUAGUAAAAGAUGGGAAAAUCACAGACUCUUUGGCUCAGCAGUACACCCAUCUGAACAUUGUGGGACUCGUGGGUUCUAUCGAUAACGACUUCUGUGGAACGGACAUGACCAUCGGAGCUGAUUCUGCCUUGCAUCGCAUCAUGGAGGUCAUCGAUGCAAUCAGCACUACUGCGCAGAGUCACCAGAGGACAUUCGUGCUGGAAGUGAUGGGACGGCAUUGUGGGUACCUGGCUGUCGUGUCAGCUCUGGCAUCUGGUGCUGACUGGGUCUUUAUCCCCGAGGCUCCUCCGGAGGAAGGCUGGGAGGACCACAUGUGUGCUCGUCUGGGAGAGAGCCGCAGUAAGGGCUCCCGUCUCAAUAUUGUGAUCAUUGCAGAAGGAGCUAUCGAUAAACAUGGCGAGCCCAUAACCUCCAAUUAUUUAAAGGAUCUUGUAGUGAGCAGGCUGGGUUAUGACACUCGGGUCACUGUACUGGGGCAUGUCCAGAGAGGAGGAACACCGUCUGCCUUUGACCGGGUUCUGAGCAGUAAGUUAGGGGUCGAGGCAGUCGUGGCUCUGCUCGAGGCGACUCCGGACACUUCGGCUUGUGUAAUCGGACUGUCUGGUAACCAAGCCAUGCGCCUCCCUCUUAUGGAGUGUGUCACAAUGACGAAGGAGGUGCAGAAUGCCAUGAAUGAGAAGCGAUUUGACGAGGCCAUUCAACUACGUGGGAAGAGCUUUGAGAACAACUGGAACACCUAUAAACUCCUGGCUCACCAGAAACCAGCUCAAUCAAAGAGUAUCCACUCCUUGGCGAUUUUAAAUGUAGGCGCCCCUGCCGCUGGGAUGAACGCAGCAGUGAGGUCCGCAGUCAGAGUAGGUCUUGCUCAGGGCCUCAGAGUUUACACAGUCAACGAUGGCUUUGAGGGCCUGGCCAAAGACAUGGUGACUGAAGUGCACUGGCAUGAUGUAGCAGGCUGGACUGGCCAAGGAGGCUCACUUCUUGGGACUAAAAGAACUUUGCCAAACUCUUGCAUGGAAAAAAUAGUGGAAAAUAUUGGCAAGUACAACAUCCAGUCGCUUUUGGUUAUCGGAGGAUUUGAGGCGUAUGAAGGAGUUCUCCAGCUGGUGGAGGCACGGGGACGUUAUGAUGAGCUCUGCAUUGUCAUGUGUGUGAUUCCUGCCACUAUAAGCAACAACGUACCAGGGACGGACUUCAGUAUUGGAGGAGACACAGCGGUCAAUGCUGCUAUGGAGAGCUGUGACAAAAUCAAGCAGUCUGCAUCUGGAACCAAACGACGUGUCUUUAUUGUGGAGACUAUGGGUGGGUUUUGUGGGUAUCUGGCAACCACCACAGGCAUCGCUGUUGGGGCCGAUGCAGCUUAUAUCUAUGAAGAACCAUUUAGUAUCCAUGACUUAAAGAUGAAUGUGGAGCACUUGACAGAGAAGAUGAAGAAUGAUAUUCAGCGGGGUUUAGUGCUGAGGAAUGAGAAAUGCCACAAACACUACACAACAGAAUUCAUCCACAACUUGUACUCAGCUGAGGGGAAGGGUAUCUUUGACUGCAGGGUUAAUGUAUUGGGGCAUUUGCAGCAGGGUGGGGUCCCGACACCAUUCGACAGGAAUUUUGGCACUAAAAUGGGUGUAAAAGCUGUGUUGUGGCUCACUCAGAAAAUGAAAGAGACCUACAGACAAGGACGCGUGUUUGCCAAUGCACCAGACACAGCAUGUGUUAUCGGAAUGAAGAGAAAAACAAUGUCAUUUAGUCCAGUCACAGAACUCAAAGACCAUACAGACUUUGAACACAGGAUGCCUAAGGAGCAGUGGUGGAUAAAUCUGCGUGUCAUGCUGAAAAUGCUGGCCAAGUACCAGACUCACUUUGAGGAGUAUGUCACUGGGGACAUAGAGCAUGUGACCCGCAGGACCCUUAGUAUAGAGACUGGAUUCUGAAGAGCUAAAACCUGUCACCAGUAUUAAGAUUCAUUAAAGUGAAUAAAUCUUACUUACCUCAGUAGUUUACUUUGUUCAUGUAAUGUUAUGUUUUCGUACCCUCACUACAUGCUUUACAUUACAUUUCUGUAAUUAAUCUAAAUAACUGGAUUUGUUUCCUUUACAUCCUUUGCAGAUUUCACAGAUAGAAGUAUUUGAUGUCAAUUUGGUGUUAAAUAUCGUAACAGUACAUGUCCCCUAUGUUGUACUUAUCGCAUGUUUAAUCAUUAAAUUGUGUAGUAUUGUGUUCUAUGGCA